UCGUCCAAAUCCUCGUGCUUUUUAUUUCACCCCAAGAGAGAAAACGAAGCUAACAAGUCGAUGGAUUCGAGAACUAAGGGAAAGACGGUGAUGGAGGUUGGUGCCGAUGGCGUUGCCGUGAUCAACCUCAUCAACCCUCCCGUCAAUUCUCUAUCCUUCGAUGUUCUAUACAGCUUGAAGAGUAAUUACGAGGAAGCCUUGAGGAGGAAUGAUGUGAAAGCUAUUGUAGUUACGGGUGCAAAUGGGAAGUUUUCCGGUGGAUUUGAUAUAUCGGGUUUCGGUGAAAUUCAAAAGGGGAACAGGCAAGAGCCGAAGGCCGGAUACAUAUCAAUCGACAUCAUAACUGACUUGAUCGAAGCUGCAAGGAAACCAUCGGUUGCUGCCAUCGAAGGGCUUGCCUUAGGAGGAGGGUUAGAACUUGCAAUGGCUUGCCAUGCAAGGAUAUCGGCUCCUGCCGCACAAUUGGGCUUGCCUGAACUGCAGCUUGGUGUCAUUCCUGGCUUUGGAGGGACACAGCGUCUCCCACGUCUUGUUGGCCUCACAAAAGCCCUUGAAAUGAUUUUGACAUCUAAGCCAGUUAAAUCCGAAGAAGGCCAUUCAUUGGGGCUUGUUGAUGCUGUGGUUUCACGCGCCGAGUUACUAAACACUGCUCGCCACUGGGCACUCGACAUAGUGGAGAGGAGAAAACCAUGGGUUUCUAGUAUUUACAAGACCGAUAAAUUACCUCCUCUUGGAGAAGCAAGGGAGAUAUUGAGGUUUGUCAGGGGACAGGCACGGAAGCAAGCCCCCAAUCUAAGACAUCCUUCAAUGUGCCUCGAUGCUGUUGAAACGGGUAUUGUCUCUGGUCCAAGGGCUGGUCUAGAGAAGGAGGCAGAAGUCUCCCAAAAGGUUGUAAACUUGGAUACCACCAAAAGCUUAAUUCAUAUAUUCUUUUCUCAACGAGGAACUUCAAAGGUUCCUGGAGUUACUGACCGGGGAUUGGUGCCAAGGCGGAUCAAUAAGGUUGCGAUAAUUGGAGGAGGAUUAAUGGGAUCUGGAAUAGCCACUGUGUUUAUCCUCAGUAACUAUCAAGUGAUUCUUAAGGAGGUAAACGAGAAGUUCUUGGAGGUUGGAAUAGGCAGAGUCAGAGCAAAUCUGCAGAGUCGUGUCAAGAAAGGGAAAAUGUCUCAGGAAAAGUUUGAAAAAACCAUGUCCCUCCUGAAGGGUGUUCUUGAUUACGAAAGCUUCAGGGAUGUCGACAUGGUGAUAGAGGCUGUUAUUGAGAACUUAUCACUGAAACAACAGAUCUUUGCUGAUCUAGAGAAGUAUUGCCCUCCACAUUGUAUUCUUGCGAGUAAUACGUCAACUAUUGACUUGAACAAAAUCGGGGAGAAGACCAAGUCUCCGGAUAGAAUGAUCGGAGCACACUUUUUCAGUCCAGCACAUGUCAUGCCGCUACUUGAAAUUGUCCGAACCAAUCAUACCUCGGCCCAAGUAAUUGUCGAUCUUCUAGAUGUGGCUAAGAAGAUAAAGAAGACGCCGGUUGUGGUUGGAAACUGCACGGGUUUUGCAGUGAACAGGAUGUUCUUCCCUUACACACAAGCAGCUAUGUUUCUUGUCGAGCAUGGAGCAGAUCCAUAUGUAAUUGACAAAACAAUCACCAAGAGUGGAAUGCCAAUGGGACCCUUCAGACUGGCUGACCUCGUUGGAUUCGGAGUAGCUGUUGCAACUGCCACACAAUUCAUCGAGAACUUCCCCGAAAGAACAUACAAAUCAAUGGUCAUACCUCUCAUGCAAGAGGACAAGAGAGCUGGUGAAGCAACACGUGAAGGGUUCUAUCUGUAUGAUGAUAAGCGCAAGGCUAAACCCGAUCCCGAAAUAAAGAAAUACAUUGAGAAGGCAAGGAGCAUGUCCGGAGUAAAGAUCGACCCUAAGUUUGAGAAGAUGUCAGACAGGGAUAUCAUUGAAAUGAUAUUCUUCCCCGUGGUGAAUGAGGCAUGUAGAGUCUUUGCGGAAGGUAUUGCAGUGAAAGCAGCCGAUCUUGACAUUGCCUCUGUGAUGGGCAUGGGUGUUCCCCCUUUCAGAGGAGGAAUCAUGUUCUGGGCUGAUUCCCUCGGAUCCAAAUACGUCUACUCGAGGCUAAACGAGUGGUACAAGGCUUAUGGUGAUUUCUUCAAGCCUUGUUCUUUCCUUGCUGAAAGGGCUUCUAAAGGAGCUCCAUUGAGCGCUCCUGUGGAACAAUCCAAAUCUCGCUUGUGAGGUCUUUUGGAUCAAAACCCAUGCCGUCAUUUCUUCCUUUACUGCGCUGGUCACCGGAAAGUUUGGAUCUUUGGUCUCCGGUGUCUCAAUAACGUCGCCGGCAAAAAAAAUCCGGUGGAGAAGUAGCGAUUUUCAGAAACAAUAAAAUUAUUUUGUGAUUUUAUAUGUUGUGGUUAUGUAUUAUCUUGUGUCUCCCUUGAGUCGUGAGUCGUUUAAGCUCUUUUUGUUGCGGUAGAUAUGGUCGUUGUUGAUUUGAUGAUCAUUUUUUUAGAACUAUGAUGUUUCAUUGAAGUUUUUUAGUGGGAACAACGAUCGAAGACUUUACAUGAA